AUGAUGAGCCCGACUUCCAUCCUAGACAGCAAGUCCUUCUCCGGCCUAAAAAACCCAUUCUCCCCUGAACUCGCUUCUCGCGCCGCCGCCGACGCUCCCAAGCGGAGCCAGUAUUGGGAAAACCUCGAUUCCCCUAAAAUCGGGCUCGUCCUUGUCGACGUUCUUUUCUCCGAUCAGAACAAGAGCCCCCCAAAUUCAUCAACAAAAUUACCCGCCGAGAGCCGAAUGGUUCUAUUCGUGUCCCAGCGUAAGAUCCAGAUCCCUUCUUCCUCCCGCCUUCUUCCCCAGCAGCAGGGUCUUCCCCCAGAUCUCCGGCCGAUUUCGGGAUCAAGACGAGGAACUCUCAAUUGGGCAGCUCUUUCUCCUCCUCCGGUUUAUCCCCAUCCCCCGUACUGA